AAACCACAUGGGGAGCACUUAGGACACCCAUGGCCAGGGUCAAGCUACAUGGAUCUUCAGAGGGGUGCAAGAACCAAGCGACGAGAGGAUGGAGGCCCGGUACUCUGGCAGCCCGACCUGGUAUAAAAGAUUGGGUCCGCCUACCAACCUACCGUAUCUAGCGCCUGCCACCUCUCUCUUUUGCUCCUGUUCUUCUACCCUUCCAGCUUCGAGCUCAACGUCGUCUCUUCUUCUCCGUGAAAUCGGAUUAGUUUGAAGGGCCCAGCGGGCGCCGAAAAGCGUACCAGUGUUAAACAUGUCUUAUCUCCCAGCAACCACGGAUUCUAUUGCUGAAGCUCUAGAAAUGAAGGAGCCAUCAGAAGCUAUUACUAUCCUCUAUCGUAUUAUUGCUAAUCCCUCCUGUUCUCCAGAAGCCUUGCGCGUCAAGGAGCAAGCCAUCACUAAUCUGUCAGAUCUACUCCAACAGGAAAAGAAGGCAGAAGAGUUGAGAAGCCUCUUGACACAAUUAAGGCCCUUUUUUGCAGUGAUUCCCAAGGCAAAAACUGCAAAAAUUGUUAGGGGAAUAAUGGAUGCAGUUACAAAAAUCCCUGGGACUUCUGACUUGCAGAUAUCUUUGUGCAGAGAAAUGGUAGAAUGGACUCGGGCAGAGAAACGCACUUUUCUUAGACAGCGUGUUGAGGCUAGGCUUGCUGCUCUGCUAAUGGAGAACAAGGAAUAUUCUGAAGCCUUAACCCUGCUUUCUGGCCUUGUGAAGGAAGUUCGCCGAUUGGAUGACAAACUAUUGCUUGUAGACAUUGAUCUUUUGGAAAGCAAGCUCCAUUUUUCUCUUAAGAACCUGCCAAAGGCAAAAGCUGCACUGACUGCAGCCAGAACUGCAGCGAAUGCAAUCUAUGUGCCACCUGCUCAACAGGGUACUAUUGAUCUGCAAAGUGGUAUUCUCCAUGCAGAAGAGAAGGACUACAAAACUGCUUAUAGCUACUUCUUUGAAGCAUUUGAAGCAUUCAAUGCUCUUGAGGAUCCACGUGCUGUCUUCAGCCUUAAGUACAUGCUUUUAUGCAAGAUCAUGGUUAAUCAGGCUGAUGAUGUUGCUGGUAUAAUCUCAUCGAAGGCAGGUUUGCAGUACAUUGGUGUUGAGUUGGAUGCGAUGAAGGCUGUUGCAGAUGCGCAUGCAAAGCGCUCACUUAAGCACUUUGAAACUGCUUUAAACGACUAUAAAGCACAAUUGGAGGAAGAUCCCAUUGUUCACAGGCACCUAUCUUCUUUGUAUGAUACCCUUUUGGAACAGAACCUCUGUAGAUUGAUUGAGCCAUUCUCCAGAGUGGAGAUUGAUCACAUAGCAGAAUUAAUUGAGCUGCCUUUGGAUCACGUUGAGAAAAAAAUGUCACAAAUGAUCCUUGACAAGAAAUUUGCUGGAACUCUUGACCAAGGUGCCGGGUGCCUUGUCAUUUUCGAGGUUCCAAAACCGGACGCAAUUUUUCCUGCAACUUUGGAUACCAUCUCCAACAUUAGCAAGGUCGUAGACAGCCUUUAUGUAAGAUCUGCUAAGAUAAUGGCUUAAACUGUGCCUUAUUCUUUGUGGUUUUCCUGAUCAGCAUGUUGGUAUUUGGAAGUUUAUUAUUUGAUUCUGACAUUUCGAUCGUUCUGAUAAUUGUUAGUUUACACUCUUUUCUUUUUC